GCGGAAGUUCGUCAUGGCGCCGACUAAAGUUGUUUUGCUUGCAUGUGGAUCGUUUAAUCCAGUAACUAACAUGCAUCUACGUAUUUUUGAACUGGCAAGAGACCAGCUUCAGAGGACGGGUUUGUUUACUGUUGUUGGUGGAGUCGUAUCUCCAGUCAAUGAUGCGUAUGUUAAAAAGGAUCUGGUUGAGUCAUAUCAUAGAGUACAGAUGGCAAAAUUGGCAACACAGAGCUCAGAUUGGAUACGAGUCGAUCCGUGGGAGAGCGAACAGAACAGUUGGGCGGAGACCUUAAAAGUGCUCAACUAUCUUCAAUUGCAGCUUGAUAGUGGUUGUCUGAUGUCCAAUGAGAGUCCAAACAAAAACUCUCCCAAGAAGAGAAGGAAAAGAAGACGCAUUUCAGAUGAAAUACAGGUUGAUGAGGUGGACUACAACAUUACGAACACUGUGAUAUCUAAUCAGAGUUUGAUCAACACAUCUGAGCCUAUGAAAGCAAAGCUGUUAUGUGGUGCUGAUCUGCUAGAAUCGUUUGCCGUGCCGGGUUUGUGGCAGCAGGAACAUAUUGAAGAAAUACUGGGCAAGUAUGGUCUAGUGGUAAUCUCCAGAGAAGGUUCCAAUCCACUGAAAUUCAUAUACGAGUCGGACACACUCACAGCUUUACAGGAUAACAUUCACAUUAUCACUGAGUGGAUGCCGAACGAGAUCAGUUCGACAAGAAUAAGGCGGGCUCUGGGGAGAGGUGAGAGCGUGAAAUACUUGUUACAGGAUGGAGUCAUCGACUACAUAAAGAAGCACGAGUUAUAUGGAGCUGUGUCCACCGUAAAUUCUAACCUAUCUAAGUAAGCUUUGCCAUCUGUCUCAGGUAUUGUUUGCAAUGUAUGAAUAUUUAUUACAUGCAGUCCCAGACUGCACGUGUACAAGGUCGACUGUUAUUGUGCAUUACCGUGAAACUCAUUGCUGAGUUGCUAUAAAAGUGGUUUUUGCACAGUGAUAAUGUGGGCGUUUCCAUAUUACAAAUCCACUGUCAUAUGUCAUACUGCUCGUUACUUUUGAGUAGUGGAACAGGCAGCUGGUUACUGUAGUUACUAGUUAGCUAUUACAUGUCUAUUGUUCUUAAUGUCAGUAAUUCGCUAAUUAAGCUAGUGGAGUACACGAUAACCCAUAUGUUUAAACCUCAAGUCAAAUUUUGUCGUUUUUAAAUAACCACUAAGAACCCAUAUGAUGGCAGUCAGUGGUACAUCUUAGGGAUCAGGGUUCUCCCUAGGAAUUUCAAAAAGCAUGCUGUUUAUGGAUGGAAAGGGGAGGGCCUGGAAGGAGGAUGAACCAAUUUGAGUUCAUUAUGCAUGUCGUAAGUGGCCCUAAUAUGCAAGUAAACUCGAUCAGUUCGGAGAUGCAUACUUCACGCUGUAAAAACAGCAUGACCAUGUCGGGAUUGUUACAGCUUGAAAUUAAGACAUGUUGAUUAGGCAAUUGAGGUAUGUCGGAGAAUUUAUGAGAUGUUGCAAAUUAGCUUCAGCGUUGAAUGAAUGUCGGACCCGCCAUGAGUUAAAGCCCUGGGGAGAACCCUGUUACUUAGUCUCAUUUAUAAUGCAUUUAUCUAGAGCCAGCUGUCAGUCCUGAGCUAUGUUAAGCUGUGUUAGGAUGUGAUAUAUUUGAGCUAUGUAUGUAGAAUUGGUGAUAUGUUUGCAUCCCAAUACUAUAGUAUAAAACAAUUUCAAUGUUAUGGUUGUCUAGUCGAUGAUGCAAUUUCCCAGAGAAGUGUACUAUCUGCCGUAAAAUGUUAAUUGAUUGUAGCUGGCUGUAUUCCCAUGUGAAACACUAUAUCGAUUGGGUCGUAAUUGUGUCAACGAAGUUUAUUAUUAUCAUGGUAAUUUAUAGCUUUGGAGGCACGAUAGAAAAUCUAUUGAGGGGUUUACUGCCAAUUGAGAAUAUUUUAUAUGUUAUUUGCAUAUAUAUGCAUAUAUCCAUGUGCACGUUUAUUUCUAUAUAUAUUUAAUAAUUGUAAUGAUAAUAGAUUUCCUUUGUCAUAUA